AUGAAGCUCUCCAUCGUUAUCGCGGCUGCGGCUGCGCUGCUGGCGUUGUGCGCGGUUACGCCGGUCCAGGCCCUUGCCAAGGGUGACUGCAUUGUCGAGCUGCCAAUCACGGCGGGCGCCCUGGUCGGGCUUGACAAGAGCAAGUUUGUCUACAAGGCCCCCUACACCGACUCCAAGGGUGCCGCCAAGAAGGUAGCCAUCACUGUCACCCAGUCGUCAGCCUCCGACGGCGAGCGCGGCGCGGCGUCCGGCAAGGUCGCGGUGGUGUUCCCUGCGGGGACGCAGUGCAACUUCACCAACAGCGCGCUGGACAAGAAGGACCCCGGGUUUGCCGCCCUCAAGACUGCCCUCAAGGGCCUGACCAUCGGUGGUGCCCCGGCCGGCUCCGGGUUCGGAAUUGUUGUGGCCAACUUUGCCGGCAGCAGCUCCACCACAAAGGGCACCACCACCGCGUCAUCUUUCAGCGUCACCGGCACCCUCAUUGACCUGGCGACCUCCACAGCUCUUCCCCUCACCCCCGGGGGCAGCAAGGGCUUCAAGCCCCAGUACACCUUCCCCCAGGGCAAGGUGCAGUUCCUCACCACCUUCUCGAAGAAUGUGGGCAAGACACCCGUGUCUGGCAGCUUUGGCAUCAACAGCACCGCCAUCUCCGCUCUGCCGGCCGUAAAGACCGUCAGCUCGUGCAACCUCAACCUCAAGAAGGACAAGGCGUCUGGCGUCGCCAGCUUCAACCUGCUGUGCCAGAAUUGGCGCCUGGCGCCCUACGUGGCGGGCGACCUCACCGCCCAGAUUGUCUUCAAGCAGGCGACCGGCAAGGCUGCUGUCUCCAUCAAGGCCACCGCCCCCCUCACCUCGGCCCGCAUUUUCUAA